AUGGGUGCCGUUGCCUGUGCGGCUGUUGACAGCACUCCGAGCUGCCCGGUGCAGACGACGGUGCACCAAUGCCUCUUUCCUCUCUGGACGGUGAAGGUUUCCGACUUCCUCAACAUGUCUGGGCCGCCGGAACCUCACCAUGUCCUCCAGCAGAAGGGCCUUUUGCACCAGUGGUAUCCGGGAAUGUUCGUGAUAUUCGUGUCGCAUCAAUGGCUUAGCUCCUGUCAUCCCGAUCCGGAGGGCGAGCAGGUGUGGAGGCUGCAGAAGACGCUUCAUGGCAUGAUAGACGGCUCCCUGCAAGUGAUGGAGGACAUCAUCUCGAUGUCUGUCGACAAGAACCUUUCCUUGGAUGCCCGGCAGCACAUCGCCGACGGCUUCAUCUUCUUCGAUUGGUUCGCUAUUCCUCAGAUCACGGCGCGAACGCAUGGCAUCAAUGAGGAGGCGACGAAGUCGGACGCGGCUCUCGCGGUUCAGAGCAUUCCUGCCUAUGUGGAGCUCUCCAACAUCUUUAUUGCCCUGGUCUCUGAACUCUCACACAAAGAUUCGGGCGACCUGGUGAACUACUCCACAUGGCUCUCGCGGGGUUGGUGCAGAGCCGAGCUUUGGUGUCGACUCCUUUCCAACAAAGCCGACACCUCGGUCAUCGUCGUCUACUCUGCUCGCGAGGCAGAGUUCAUGUUCCCCCUGGACUGGCAGCACAACACGAUCGUGGAAGGCAACUUCACUGUGGAAAGCGACCGCGCAGCGGUUGUAAAGCUAGGGGAGAUGGCAGUCGAGAGCAAGCUCCAGCAUCUGCGGGAGAAGGGGCCGCUCAGCCAUUUCCGAUUCUACCUGGCUCUCCAUCCGAAACUUCUGGGCCAACCCAGGACGCAGCGUGACUUGCAAGGGUUUUUGAAGCAUUUCCGCUUCGAGAGCCUGCAGCAAGCUGUGGCAGACACCAGCAGCAUGAAUGCCGUGAUGUGUGCCGUCUUUUCCGGCGAUGUGGACAUUCUGCGGCAGCUUGUCGCCCAUCGCGCAAAUGUCAACCACUCUGUGCAGGGCUUGGGCGACUUGGGGUACUACGACACCCAGACGGCGCUCAUGGCAGCCUGCAAGUCGCAGCAGGACCCAUCACUCGUGGCGGCAAUGAUCGACCUUCGUGCGGACGCCAAUGCGCAGGCGAGGACUGGUGUCACGCCAUUGUUCGUGGCAAGGUCUCCAGGUCAGGUCAAAGUCUUGCUGGAGAAGAAGGCCGACAUGCAAAGACAUUUUGCAUUGAACGGCAUCGCUUCUCUUGCGAGCACAGAAACGGCGUUGGCUUUGUUGGAGAGUCGCUGCGACCCCACCGACAUCGGCGAAGCGAAAUAUGGACCAUUGCACGCACUGGCCUUGUACUCCCGCAGCAAUCGCUACGCCGUGGAAACGGCAAAGUUGCAGAGAUCCAUCUCGCCAAUCCUGCGUGCCGAGCUAACGGAGUGCCCAUGCAACUAA